AUGGGGCAUCGUUUACCCAUGGUUGUAAGCCUCUUCUCUGGAAUCAUUAUUGGUGGGGCCGGGGGAUCUUACUUGGCAAAUCUGACCAAGAUAUCAUUUGAUGGCGAAAGAUUCAAUUUUGGGUACGACAGAGAGGAUGUUCCGGCAGAGUCAAGGCUGUUUGGUCGACCAGUGCUACCAGCCAACAGUGAAGCUGAAGAGGAGAGGGGAGUUAAUAAAACCGGCGAUACCGGCAUCGAUGAAGAGAGGCCGCAACGAGGUCCCCAUACACCUGACAGGCAGACGGAGGAGGAAUGCGACGAGGAAAGCGACGAGGAGAUUGAUGGAUACGACCCAAUGGGGGUUGAUGAGUUUGACGAACCUGAAGACGAAGACGAAGACAAGCAAGACAUCAAAACCUUUGACAUCGAUGGCCCAAGGGGAGAGCGCAUUACUGAGGUCAAGGUGAGCCCGCACUGCACUCUGUUUGCUAGGAGAAGGGGGCACGGAAUAUAUGAUGGUCGCGUGGGUUAUAUCAAGCUUGUCACGAACCAUGGACGGUCAGAAUCAUUUGUGAUGGAAAGAUAUAUUGGCCGGAAUUGGGUUGACAAGAAGAGAUCUUUUUCGGCAGAGCCUGGCACUGCUAUCACUGGGUCUUAUGGCGCCCUCGAUUCCAUCAUACCGGUUGCAAUUGGGGUUAUCACUGAGACUGUUAAUAUUUAA